CUACCGGUCCGCUCGCCCGUCCAAUGUAGAUGGUACCCUUGCUACGGCCCCUGGUCUUCCCAUAGAUCAUAUAUUAUAUCUGGUCCCUCCGUCCCUUCGAGCUUUGUUUCGAGCACCUCGCUGUAGACCCAUCACGUCUCUGCCCUUUCAACUUCAAGAGACCAAGCUUUUCAGUAAGCCUCAACCUCACCGGAGGACCAGCAAGAGUCUCCCUUUAGUUUAGGUUGCAGCACCUCGACAUAGUCGCCAGUUACGUUCGCGCGGCGUGAAAGAAAGUUCGCAACCAACCAAUACAAUGGCGAUCGGCAUCAUCUCGCAGAAGGCGCCGCGUAAGGAGGAAAUCGCGAAUGCGCAGGAGGAGGCCCCGGAAUUUGAGAGGGUCGACUGGAAAAGGGACCCCGGCUUGAGGAAGCUAUACUUCUACUGCUUCAUACUCUGCGUUGCUUCGGCGACUACUGGUUACGACGGCUCGUUCUUCAACUCGGUGCAAGUGUUCGACAAGUGGAAGGCUUUCUUCAACAACCCACAAGGAUCGCAACUCGGUCUCCUUGCUGCUUUAUACCAGAUUGGUAGCUUAGGCUCGAUUCCCCUAGUCCCUCUCAUAGCUGAUAACUAUGGCCGGAAAAUGCCAAUCAUUAUCGGUUGUGUCAUCAUGAUCGUUGGUGCUGUUAUUCAGGGAACUGCCCAGAACAUUAACUCCUUCAUGGGUGGUCGUGUAAUGAUGGGAUUCGGAAGCAGUUUAGCUCAAAUCGCCUCCCCCAUGUUGCUGACCGAGAUUGCUCAUCCCCAGCACCGUGGUCGUCUCACGGCUGUCUACAACUGCCUAUGGAACGCAGGUGCCAUUGUCGUCACAUGGCUUUCUUUCGGCACGAACUACAUCCAGAACGACUGGUCGUGGCGUAUUCCCGCUAUCCUUCAGGCCCUCCCCUCCAUCAUCCAGAUCACCUUCAUCUGGUGGAUCCCCGAGUCACCUCGAUACCUCAUGGCCAAGGACAAGCACGAACAGGCCCUCGCGAUCCUCACCAAGUACCACGCCAACGGCGACGCCCACCACCCGACGGUCCAGUUCGAGUACCGCGAGAUUAGGGAGACCAUCAAGCUAGAGAUGGAGAGCAAGACCAACAGCAGCUACCUCGACUUCUUCAGGACUAAGGGAAAUCGUUACCGAUUGGCGGUCCUCCUGUCUCUGGGUCUCUUCUCCCAAUGGUCUGGUAACGCUAUCAUCUCCAACUUUGCCAGCACGCUCUACGACCAGGCUGGUGUGACGGACUCCAACUCCAAGUUCGGUUUAUCCGGAGGUCAAAUGAUCUUGUCUCUUAUCGUAUCAGUUACCAUGGCUACGCUCGUGGACCGAUGGGGUCGUCGAACGAUGUUCCUCAGCUCGACUGCCGGUAUGUUCGGCGUCUUCAUCUUCUGGACACUCUGUGCGGGUUUAUAUGGCGAGCACCGCUCCCCUGGCGCCAACUACGCCAUGAUCUUCUUCAUCUGGCUGUUCAGUUUCUUCUACUCGUUCGCGUGGUCGGGUCUGCUCGUCGGUUACGCCAUCGAAAUUCUGCCUUACAAGCUUCGUGCCAAGGGUCUUAUGGUCCUGAACAUCAUGAUCCAGGCCGCCCUGUGCCUCAACGUGUACGCCAACCCGGUCGCCUUCGAGGCGUUCGGUCUGGACCACUCCUGGAAGCUGUAUAUCAUCUACACCUGCUGGAUCUUCUGCGAGCUGGCCUUCGUGUACUUCAUGUACGUGGAGACUAAGGGCCCCACGCUCGAGGAGCUGGCCAAGGUCAUCGACGGCGAGGACGCGGCUGUUGCUCACUUAAACCUGGAGCAGGUCGAGAAGGAGGUUGCGAUCGAGACCCACGACAUGCCUGAAAAGGUGUAAUUAGAAGCGAGUAUAUGUUUUUUUAUGUUGCUAUCACGGUCGGUGGGUUUCUAGCGACGUCUUAGUUAUUAAUGGUGCUGUUGCCGUUGUUGCAUGAGCGAGACGCGCUUCUUGCAUGCUCGAUACCCUCACUUAACGAAUUUACAUGCAUGCUGCUCCUCUCCGUCGCUGCGGAUUGGUUUGGAGCAAUGGGAGUUUUAUAUAUACAAUGUGCGCCUUUGUGGCGUCCUCAUCCGGUGGGUGGUUAGUUCAAAAUAGGUAGCCAAAAUGAAA